AGUUAAAGUUUAUAAAAAUCCCCACAAAAGUAGUUCUAUAUGAAGAAAUAAGAGUUGAAAGGUCUAGACGUGAGGUUUGAAGGAACACUGAGAUGGAUUGUUGAGAGUAAGAAGUAUCAUAGAAAGGACUGUAAAUAUGAAUAGGUAUCAGCAUAAUGGGGGUUCUGAAGAGAGAGAAAACAUAAUGUGUACUCUAUAAAAGAAUCAGCCUCAUGGGGCAGGAAUGGGUGUCUCUUACAGAUCUCUGAGGAAGUGUGGGACUUCACAGUACCAGCCUGCAGCCAGGCUCUCUGGCUCCCUAGCAAGAGGCAGAAAACCAGAGCAUGUGCAUGGCCAUUACCAACUCUUGAAAGCUCAGUUUCCUGGGUGAGAACGUGAUCUUGCUGUGGAGCCCUGGGUGAUCUGGAACUCUCCAUUAGUAGGCUGGUCUCAGACUUACUGUUAUGUGGCUGCCUCUGCAUCCUCCAUGUCGGGGGUAAAGGCAUACAUCACCAUUACUAGCUAAAGAUUGUGACAGUAUGAAGCCACUGGAGGGUGUGAGAAUUCUGGAUCUAACAAGAGUUCUGGCUGGACCUUUUGCCACGAUGAAUUUAGGAGAUCUGGGAGCAGAAGUUAUAAAAGUGGAGAGACCAGGAGCUGGUGAUGACACACGAUCUUGGGGACCUCCUUUUGUGAACACAGAAAGUACAUAUUUUCUUAGUGUUAAUCGAAAUAAAAAAAGUAUAGCUGUUAAUAUCAAGGAUCCAAGAGGAGUGAGAAUCGUCAAAGAGCUUGCAGCCAUUUGUGAUGUGUUUGUGGAAAACUAUGUCCCUGGGAAGCUUUCUGAGAUGGGCCUAGGAUAUGCAGAUAUAGAUAAGAUUGCGCCUCACAUCGUCUACUGCUCCAUCACAGGAUAUGGCCAGACAGGGCCCAUGUCUCACAGAGCAGGCUAUGAUGCUAUUGCCUCUGCUAUGUCUGGUCUAAUGCACAUCACAGGACCUGAGGAUGGAGAUCCUGUUCGCCCAGGAGUGGCCAUGACUGAUCUUGCCACUGGCCUUUUUGCCUAUGGGGCGAUUAUGGCUGGCCUCAUACAACGUUACAGAACUGGAAAAGGAUUGUUUAUCGAUUGUAAUCUACUGUCAUCCCAGGUGGCAUGUUUGACCCAAGUAGCUGCCAAUUAUCUUAUUGGACAAAAGGAAGCCAAACGCUGGGGCACAGCUCAUGGCAGUAUUGUUCCGUAUCAGGCCUUUAAGACCAAGGACGGCUAUCUUGUCAUUGGAGCAGGAAAUAACCAGCAGUUUGCUGUUUUAUGCAAGAUCUUGAAUUUGCCUGAAUUGAUUGAUGACAGCAAGUAUAGAACGAACCACCUUCGGGUACAGAAUAGAAAAGAGCUUGUGAAAAUCCUAUCGGCACGGUUUGCAGAAGAAGUGACUGCCAAGUGGCUUUGUCUCUUUGAAGGAAGUGGGAUCCCAUAUGGCCCAAUCAACAGUCUGAAGGAUGUGUUUUCCGAAGCCCAGGUAUUGCACAAUGGCCUCGUUAUGGAGAUGAAUCAUCCCACUGUGGGGAAGAUUUCGGUCCCAGGUCCAGCUGUGAGAUACAGCAAGUUCAAGAUGUCAGAGGCAAAGCCACCCCCCCUGCUGGGACAACACACAAGGCACAUCCUGAAGGAGGUCCUUAGAUAUGAUGAGGGGGUCAUUGGAGAGCUACUCUGCUCUGGUGUAAUAGAGCAACAUGAAACCGAGUGACAGAGAAGAAUGCGUCAGAAAACUUCACUUGGCCAGCCCAGACAGUGAGUGCUCUGUGCGUGCCUUUCCCCAGUCUUGAUCCCACUACAAAGCAUGGUGAGGAGAACUGAAGAUUACUUGCCUGGCAUCUCUGGGGUAACUUUAGAAUUAAAGUCUAAUGCCCAUUUAGAAACUUACUGUUUUGAAUUCCCCCCGCCCCAGAAUAUAAUUUGUUUAUUUGUGGACUUUGAUUAAUUCUAAUUUUUUCAUCCAAAAGAAGUGAUAACUGUUUGGUGAUGGUAUGUUGUUCUGAUUUAAUUCCUCCACAAUGUAUACAUGUAUGGAAACAUCAAAUUAUAAAUUGUAGUUUUGAUUAGUCAGUUGAAAAAUAAAACAAAACAUAAAAAUA